AUGCCGGAGCAGAGCAACGACUAUCGCGUGGUGGUGUUCGGGGCAGGGGGAGUGGGGAAGAGCUCCCUGGUGCUGCGCUUCGUGAAGGGCACCUUCAGGGACACCUACAUCCCCACGGUGGAGGACACCUACCGCCAGGUGAUCAGCUGCGAUAAGAGCGUGUGCACCCUCCAGAUCACCGACACCACGGGGAGCCACCAGUUCCCAGCCAUGCAGCGCCUGUCCAUCUCUAAAGGCCACGCCUUCAUCCUGGUCUACUCCAUCACGAGCAAACAGUCCCUGGAGGAGCUCAAACCCAUUUACCAACAGGUCUUGGCCAUAAAGGGCAACGUUGAGGCCAUCCCCAUCAUGCUUGUGGGCAACAAGAGCGACGAGACCUUGCGGGAGGUGGAGACCAAGGACGGGGAAGCCCAGGCCAACCAGUGGAAGUGCGCCUUCAUGGAGACGUCGGCCAAGACCAACCACAACGUGACCGAGCUCUUCCAGGAGCUUCUAAACCUGGACAAGAAGAGGAACAUGAGCCUCAACAUCGACGGCAAGCGCUCGGGGAAGCAGUCCCGCGCCGAGAGACUGAAGGGCAAAUGCAGCGUGAUGUAA